AUCUCUCCUCACCCCAUUUGUGUGUCUCAGAAGAAGGAAAGAAACAAAAAAAGAAGUAAAAUUUACUGAAGAAGAAGAAGAAUCAUGCAAGGCACCCAUACUGUCAAGCAUUUUGUUGAAAGAAAACCCAAGAACUGCACCUUGAGGAGUUCUUGAUUGUUCUCUCCUACUUGAUCUGAGUCUCAAACUGACUAUCUUCUCAUUAUGUCCUACAGGCAGCUGAGCAGGGAAGGAGCGUUUGAGUUCAAUUCAGAUUUUUUAAUCACUCUCUCUUGAGUACUUCAUGAAGCUUCUUCGAGCAGCCAUUCCCACGACCUCAUUGCUUUUCUGUGUACUUAUUCUCAUCCCCUUAGUUGUUGCUGAUCUGAAUUCUGAUAUUCAAGCACUCCUUGAUUUCGCUUCGGCCGUCCCACAUGCCCGGAAACUGAAUUGGAGCGCUUCUAUUCCAAUUUGCAGUUCUUGGGUAGGCAUAACUUGCAAUGUAGAUAAAACCCGGGUGACAGCGGUCCGUCUUCCCGCUGUUGGUCUUUAUGGCUCACUGCCUUCAAACACUUUAGGAAAGCUUGAUGCUCUUCAGGUCUUGAGCCUCCGUUCGAAUUAUUUAACCGGCAAUCUUCCUUCUGAUGUUGCUUCCAUUCCUUCCCUCCAAUACUUAUUCCUCCAGCAUAAUAACUUUUCUGGCUCUCUCCCGAUCUCUUUGUCAUCACAGCUCAAUGUAUUGGAUUUGUCCUUCAACUCGUUUAGCAGCGUCAUCCCGCUAUCCAUUCAGAAGCUCACUAGGCUUGCUACAUUUUACCUUCAAAAUAAUUCCAUUUCUGGUACAAUUCCUGACCUUAACCUUCCCAAACUCAAACUUUUGAAUCUGAGCUAUAACAACUUGUCGGGCUCCAUCCCGAAUUCUCUCGAAAAAUUUCCCAAUUCUUCAUUCGUUGGGAACUCUCUUUUGUGCGGACAACCUCUUAGCCAAUGCUCCACUCUUUUAACCUCUCCUUCUCCUUCCCCUGCAUACUCAGAACAGCCAAAGAUAGGUCCUCUAGUUCAAAAAGUUGCUUCGAAAAAGAAACUUGGGUCAGGUGCUAUUGUUGCUUUAGUUAUUGGGGGUUUUGCGGUGCUUUUCCUCCUCAUGGUAGUUGCCCUUGUCUGCUACUCGAAGAGAAAAGAUGGUAGUAAUGUACUGAAAGUGAAGGGAACUAAUGGCGCUAGUCAAAAUCCAAAGGACUUUGGAAGUGGGGUGCAAGAACCAGAGAAGAACAAGCUGGUUUUCUUUGAUGGGUGUUCUUACAACUUUGAUCUUGAGGACUUAUUGAGGGCUUCGGCUGAAGUUCUUGGUAAGGGGAGUUAUGGAACAGCUUAUAAAGCUCUUCUGGAGGAUGGGACGACCCUGGUGGUGAAACGGCUGAGGGAAGUUGUGGCUGGCAAAAAGGAGUUUGAACAACAAAUGGAGCUUGUGGGGAAGGUGGGACGACAUGCCAAUGUCGUGCCACUUCGUGCAUAUUACUAUUCAAAGGAUGAGAAGCUCUUGGUUUACGAUUACAUGCCUUUUGGGAGCUUGUUUGUACAUUUGCAUGGAGAUAAAGGUUCUGGAAGGGCACCAUUAGAUUGGGAUUCUAGAAUGAAGAUCUCCCUUGGAACAGCCAAAGCAAUUGCUCACAUACAUUCUGAGCCUGGAGCUAAGUGUGUUCAUGGAAACAUCAAGUCCUUGAAUGUCUUCCUCACCCAAGAUCACGAUGGUUGUGUUUCGGAUGUUGGACUGACUCCUCUCAUGAAUUUCUCUGCAAUUACUCCCCGAGUCAUUGGAUACUAUGCUCCGGAGGUGAUUGAAUCAAGGAAAGUUACUCAGAAAUCUGAUGUUUACAGCUUUGGUGUGCUCCUUCUUGAAAUGUUAACAGGUAAAACCCCUCUCAAGCAUCCGGGACACGAUGACGUCGUUGAUCUCCCCAGGUGGGUCCGGUCGGUAGUUCGAGAGGAAUGGACAGCUGAGGUCUUUGAUGUCGAGCUGCUGAAGUACGAGAAUGUGGAGGAGGAGAUGGUGCAGAUGCUGCAAAUUGCUCUCACAUGUGUUGCAAAGGUGCCUGAUACGCGCCCCAAGAUGGACGAAGUUGUCAAGAUGAUCGAGGAAGUUCGGGAACCGGAGGUAAAGGAUCGGCCUUCUUCUGGAGCCGAAUCCAAUGUGCAAACCCCGUAAUAAUAGAUUUUAGAUAUUCCUUUUUCCUUCAUGGAGUCGAGCUGCAGUAUCUAAGAGAACAAUUUGCUCUCUUGUAAGCUGUGAUCUAUAUGUAUGCUUUACUCUGUAGUUGAAUUCUGCAUGGCUUUUUAUCCAUUCUAGUGAAAGUGCUAGUCUGUUUUAUCUA